AUGGUUGCUCCCGCCAUCGUCCUCGGCCUUCGUGGCGUGCAGCUGUUGUUCUCAGUCAUUGUGUUGGGCUUGUCUGCGUACCUUGUCGAUGAAUACUGGUGGUCUCCUCACAGCGUGAAUUUCAUGCUGUUUACCUCGCUAUGGACUCUUCUUGCCGUAGCCUAUCUCGCGCUCGCACCCACACGCUUCCCACGCGCGGCGCACAAGUUUGCCAUCUUGGGUGUCGAGUUCCUCACAAUGUUAUUCUGGUUUGCCGCUUUCAUCGCUGUUGCCGUCCGGUGGGGCAACACGGCGUGGUGGAGCGGAAACCGUGGUACUUUCUACGGAUGUGGUGUCGCUGCCAUUGUCUUCUCGGCCUUUCUUUGGUUGACCUUUGCGGUUACUUCUGUUCUCGCGGCCCUGCAUGUCCGCAGCAGCUCUCGAAAUGACACUGCUCCAGCUCCAGCCAUGGCCGCUGUAUAA